GCCGCGCUUCUUUCGGGCAGGGGAGCAUCAGUGGCGGGGCUGAGGCCGGAGAGAAAUGUUCAAGGGGUACGGAGGGGGAAGGGCACCUCCUCCCGGAGCUCAGCGGCCGGGUUUCCCCGGCGUGGCACCCGCAGCUCGCCCGGUUUCGCAGCCGCACAAAUUCCAGCCGGAUCUCGGAGCCGGGAGCAGCAGCAGCAGCAGCAGCAGCUUCGUCCCCAACCUCACCACCAUCGCCACCAGCCACAACCUGCAGUGGAUGGUCCAGCCUGCCCUCAUGGGCGCUUCCUCAGGAGUCCCCCCCUUUCCCCGGCCCUAUCGCUGCCCGCACUACGCAGCCGGCAUCCGUCCCGGUGUGAUCCGCACCACGGGCCCGGGCACGGUGCCUCGGAGGCGUCACUCGGAGCAUCUGACCCCUGAAGAGGAAGAACGGCGGCGGCUGCGGCGGGAGAGGAACAAGCUGGCAGCUGCCAAAUGCCGCAAUCGGCGGAAAGAGCUGACUGACACGUUGCAAGCGGAGACGGAUCAGUUGGAGACCGAGCAGUCCGGGCUCCGGAAGGAAAUUGCAGAGCUGCAGAAGCAGAAGGAGCGUCUGGAGCUCGUCCUGGAGGCCCACCGGCCGAUCUGCAAGAUCUUGGAGGAGUCAUCCGGGGAUGAGGAGGGGGGCCAGGGCCGGCCAGCCGCCCCCUCCCAGCCGCCGGUCAAGCAGGAGUCCCCCCCGGCCCCCAGUGGCUCUCGCAGGACGGCUCCGGUGCCCCCCCGCAUCAUCCUGCCCCCCAGUGGCCUGCUGGAGCCUGAAGCUUUGCACACCCCAACCCUCAUGUCCACCCCCUCCUUCACCCCUUUCACCCCCAGCCUGGUCUUCACCUACCCAGCGCCGGGUGACCCCGACGGGCCCUCGGGCUCCGGCUUUCCUUCGGAGCCCUGUUCCUCGGCCCACCGGAGGAGCAGCAGCGGCGACCAUUCCUCGGAUUCCCUCAAUUCUCCAACCUUGCUGGCGCUUUGAGGGAUGGGCUGCCUCAAACCUCGGCCACGUUUUUUCGGGGUGGGGGAAGGUCUUCCUUCUCCCCUGGUCCAUGUCGGGCUGCCAAAUUCCCCUUGGCCUCGCUUUGAGACCCCGGUUUCCAUCCGUAGUUACAGGCCCCUUGCCGGGCCGCCCAGAUGCGGGAAUCAAGUUGCUAGUCCUCAAGAGCAGGCAGAAAGUGCUUUUAUUUUGCCAGAGAGCCUGCUUUCUGGAAAACCUGAACUCUAACCAGUGUUAUGUUCUUUCCCCAGAAACGAAACACUAAAAUAUCCCUUAUGCACAGUCCUUAUCAGGCCUCUUGCCCUCGCCCUUGCGUGUAGGGUCCAAGAGGCUAGUCCUCAAGAGUAACUGGACAGUCUUUUUCUUUUGACACAGAAAGUCUUCUUUCUGGAAAUUGACUGGGGCCUUUUUGCUCCGCAGAUCACUUUUAAGAAAAAGAAAAUACCAUUUUAAAGUUCCUUUUCACUUGAUAUCCUUCCGCUUUUUCAAACCAAGCGCAGAAAGUUAGGACUAAAAUAGAUUCAUUUCUCUACAGUGACCUAUGGCCACCAGGAUGAAGUGGGAUGUAUUUCCUUUCCCUCCAGAACUGAACCUGGUUGGAUAUAUAUUAUUACAAGUAUGCAGUUCUUUUCCUUUUGCCUGAUGUCUUGUGAAAAUUACAUUACAAUGUUUGGAAAAAAACUGGGACUAUUUUGUGCGGUUUUAGACGCUGGA